AUGUGCUCGACGACAAAGGAUCAGAAAAUGAGUGUGAUGAGAAGAACGAGAAGAAGAGGAGGAAGAAGGAUAAAGCCUCGGUCACGUGGGUGUGUUGCUCGAAGAAGCUGUAACAAUGGCGGAGGCACGUGUUCGAAGGUCGCGGACAAGUUGGAAGCGUUGAAGAAUCUCAUUCCUACCCACGAAGAGGAGACAGUUAAACCCGAACAAUUGUUCCAGCAAACGGCUGAUUACAUCGUCCUUUUGAGGACCCAGGUCGUGAUUUUGCAGAAACUGGUCGAUUUUUAUGGAUCCGGCGAAGCAGAAAACACUGUAUCAUAG